UUGAGUUUAUAAUUACUGAUAUUGAAUAUUCACUCAAACCUAUUGUCAAUAAGAGCUUAACAUAAUUAUUGUUAAAUUUAUUGAUAUUCAAUGAAUUUAAUUUAUUUAAAAAUUAUUAUAAUUGAAGUGUUAUUGAUAUUUGUUGGAUAUUGUUAUUGUGAUACAUGGAUAACAUUGUGGAAUAAAGUAGAUCUUCCUAUAGAAGUGGUUUGCAAACGGGACGGACAUUUCAAACGCACCUCAUUUAAGAUAAAAACACUUCAAGAAGAUCAACGAUAUGACAUCAAAGCAAAAUACCCAAACGGUUAUUCCAAGCGUUAUUACCGUCACUGGUGUGAUGUGACGGUCGGCACUACUAAUAUACAGUUUGAUGUAUUUGGCGGACGAGAUAAAAGAGUUAACAAAUUAUCCGAUUCUUAUUCAGAUUGGAUUAUAACCAGAGGUGGGAUAUAUAGAGUAAAAAAAGGAUCACUUAUUCUUUAUUAUGGAAAGAAUUGGUUGGGAGAAGACUAUGAAGACUUAGAGGACGCUGUGAUUGGAACUCCGGAAAAGACAUUGAAUCCGUCAGACACUCAGAAAAUAGCGCCAUUAGAGGUACACUUGACCUCAUCGACACUGACAUUAGCUCAACAACGACUGGCCAUUGAUAAGGCAACGUAUGCUUCGCACAAAUUUACAAAAACCAAAGCAAUGGGUAAAUAUAUAGGCGACGCCAUGAAGAAAAAGUUUGGACACUUUUGGGCCGUUUUUAUAGAUCAGCCCGAAAACACUAAAGUAGUUAAGAGGACCUGUGAUACGGAUCAAGUGAUGAUCUUUCAGAUCAAUAAUGUCGACUUCAUUGUCUGCCAAGUUAUGCGAUAAAACUAUUAGUAAAUAUUUUAUUAGUAAAUAAAUUGAAACAAAUUAUUUGAAUUUAAUGAUAAUUAAUUCAUAAAUUAUGGCCAAUUAUGUGAUACUAGUGAUUAUGAUAUCAUAACUUAUUGUUAAUACAUUACCGUAAAAUUGUGUUUUUCCCCAUAUGGAAUUAAAAAAAAAUGAAAAAUAUUAUUUUCACAUGUAAAAAACUCGCUUUUAACCACCCUUGGUAAAUUAAACAAGAAAUUUAAAAAAAAAAUCUGUGGGAAAAUAAAAUUUGGGUGAAUAGGGAACUGUAAUGACCUAUAAUUAACAAUAAUCUAUUAAAACCGGUAUAUUUAGAUAUAUAUACCG